GCAAAAUACCUGCUCAUUACCUUCUUCCUCUCCGUCUAAUCUAUUCUUCUGCAACUUUUAUUUAAAUAAAGAUCAUUUCAAUUCAUUUGAUACUUUUCUGUUAACCUAGUAUUGUAUUGAAUCCUUCCCAUGGAUGAAGAAUACGACGUCAUAGUUCUUGGUACCGGUCUCAAGGAAUGCAUCCUCAGCGGUCUCCUCUCUGUCGAUGGCCUCAAAGUACUACACAUGGAUAGAAAUGAUUACUAUGGAGGAGAGUCAACUUCCCUUAACCUAAAGCAGCUUUGGAAACGAUUCAAGGGUGACGAUGAGCCUCCUGAAGAACUAGGCUCAAGCAAAGACUACAAUGUUGAUAUGGUCCCUAAGUUCAUGAUGGCUAACGGUACCUUAGUUCGUGUUCUAAUUCACACUAAUGUCACAAAAUACCUUAAUUUCAAGGCUGUUGAUGGCAGUUACGUGUACAACAAAGGAAAGGUUCACAAAGUACCAGCAACUGACGUGGAAGCACUUAAAUCUCCUCUCAUGGGAUUAUUCGAAAAGCGUCGUGCUAGGAAGUUUUUCAUCUAUGUUCAGGACUACGAUGAUAGUGAUCCUAAAUCACAUGAAGGGAUGGAUGUCACCAAAGUACCAGCAAGAGAUCUUAUCUCCAAAAAAUAUGGACUGGACGAUAAUACAGUAGAUUUCAUUGGGCAUGCGUUAGCACUCUAUAGGAACGACAGUUAUUUGGACCAGCCAGCUAUAGAUGUUAUCAAGAGAGUUAAGCUUUAUGCAGAGUCAUUAGCUCGCUUUGCAGGAGGUUCCCCAUAUAUCUAUCCCCUAUAUGGACUAGGAGAAUUGCCUCAGGCAUUUGCUCGCCUGAGUGCGGUUUAUGGAGGCACCUACAUGCUUAACAAACCAGAAUGCAAGGUAGAGUUUGAAGAUGGAAAAGUAGUCGGUGUGACAUCAGAAGGAGAAACGGCCAAAUGCAAAAAAGUAGUAUGUGAUCCAUCAUAUCUGCCUGACAAGGUAAAGAAAGUUGGUAAAGUAGCUCGUGCUAUAUGCAUCAUGAGCCAUCCAAUCCCAAGUACAAAUGAAGCUCAUUCAACUCAAGUUAUUCUCCCCCAGAAACAACUGGGCCGCAAUUCUGAUAUGUAUCUGUUCUGCUGCUCAUAUUCUCACAAUGUAGCCCCCAAAGGCAAAUUUAUUGCUUUUGUGACGACAGAGGCAGAGACAGAUAAUCCUGAGACAGAACUGAAGCCCGGGAUUGACUUGCUUGGACCUGUGGACCAGAUCUUUUUUGAUACUUAUGACAGAUACGAACCCACUAAUGACGCAGCAGAAGAUAACUGUUACAUAUCGGCUAGUUAUGAUGCAACAACACAUUUUGAGUCCACGGUAGAAGAUGUGAUUGCCAUGUACAGCAAGAUAACUGGAAAGACUCUUGACUUAAGCGUGGAUCUUAGUGCUGCUAGUGCUUCCAAUGAAGAGUAACAAUAACCAGGACUCCGGCAAUUUAUCUCUAAAUUAAGAAGAGUCAUGCAAGUCAACGCAAUCUAUGCUCAUGUUUUUCCUUCUUUUUGUUAACAUACAGAACUCUAAAUUUGAAUUACGGUACCCUAGCCUGUUAUUAGUGUGUAGUUUUCCUUCCACAGUAUGUUGGUUGAAUACUGAUUUGCUUUAAAGGCUCUUUGAAUCAAUAAAUCUAGACAAAA